AUGGCCGCUCAACACCGCUCGCUGAGCUCCAAGCUCGGGCUUGCUGUUUUGCCUUUUGCCCUGCAGUCUUCGGCAUCGGCCCUGUAUUCAACCUAUAACUUCAACCCACUCGAGCAUCUGGGCGGAAUUGCUCCCUACUUCGAACCUCAAGACCCUCCGGCUUCCCCUGACGCUCCUCAAGGAUGCACAGCCAGCCGUGCUGCUUACUUGUCUCGCCAUGCCGCCAUCUAUGCCAAUGAUUUCGACUUCGAGGAGUACAUCGAGCCCUUCAUCGAGAAGUGGCAGAACAAGUCUUCCAUCGACUGGUCCAAGAUCCCCUCUCUCAACUUCCUGGCCGAUUGGUCAGCGCCCAUAUCAGAGGCCGAACAGGAGCUCCUGACCCGAGUGGGCAGGCUGGAAGCAACCCAGCUGGGUGUUGACAUGUCUUUCCGGUACCCCAACCUGAGAUUACCCAAGCGCGUCUGGACCUCGUCCGCUGAGCGCACUUAUAAGUCGGCCCAAGCUUUUGUCCGUGGGUAUGAGACGGACGACAACACAAUGAAUGUCGUCAGCAUAUACGAAUCGAAGGAGAGUGGCGCCGACAGCUUGACGCCUUACAAGGGUUGCCCGGCUUACUCAUCCUCGGCCGGUAGCGAUGAGUCGUCCGUGUACAAGAAAAAGUUCACAAAGCCGCUCACUGCCCGCUUCAACGAUCUGGCCCCCGGAUUCAACUUCACUACCGAUGAUGUCUACGGCAUGAUGGAGCUCUGCGGUUACGAAAGCGUCAUCAGGGGCAGCUCGCCCUUCUGCGACUUGGACUUGUUCUCCCCCGACGACUGGCUUGCCUGGGAAUACACCGAGGAUGUGAGAUACCACUACAACGUCGGCUACGGCAACGAGGUAUCUGGCGCAGUGGGCUUGCCCUGGUUCAAUGCGACAGCAAACCUUCUGAUGAGCGAGGACGCCGAUGCUGAGGAUCUCUACGUCAGCUUCACGCAUCGUGAACUGCCACCAAUGGUCUUCGUCGCCAUGGGUCUAUUCAACAACUCUGAAUUUGGCGGAACUGAGGCAGAGAUCAACGACACCAUGCCGCUGGACCGCAUCAACUACCGACGGGCUUGGAAGAGCUCGCACGUUCUCCCGUUCCUCAGCAACCUUGCCAUCGAGCGCUUCAACUGCACUGGCAGCUACGGUUACGACGACGGAGAGUACUACCGCGUGCUUGUCAACAGUGCACCGCAACCUCUCUCUGCUUGCACGGAUGGUCCCGGCACAACCUGCUCCCGAAGUGGUUUCGAGAGCUACGUUCAAGAGCGAGUCAACCUGUUCAGUGGCUUCUCUGAGAAGUGUGGUGUCGACUACGACAACAGCACUGAUGUGAUGUCUUUGUAUACCGACUCAUCUGUCGGCAACGGCACAGUCGUUGGCAAACGAUACGAGGCGUUUGCCUCUUCAUGA